GCCGAGUCACAGUCAUAUGAGCUGAAAAUUAAGGGUGUCAUUCCCCAUUCUAUCAUAUUUACAUCUUAGAAUAAGCUACGGUUUGUUGAACGUCAAGAGAUAUUUCUUAUUUCGAAAUGGCAAAAGUUCAAACCUGAGGUAAUCCAGGAGCGAGCGGUUUGGGCGGUAUAAAUAUAUAUUCAUACACUUGUCCAAGUGGUCAUUUCGCAUUGGGUAUAAUGGCUUAUAACAGUUUACAGUUACUGUUGGCGCUUUGCUUGCUUCGUUUUGGAGAAAGUUACCCAUCUUUUCAGCAAAACAUUCCAAACGGUGAAAUCGUACCGAGCCCAUGCAACCCAAAUCACGUCUGGCGGGGUGUCGGACAUAAGGUCAAGGGCGGAGGUGGGGAGAGGAACCAAUUUGGAAUCGAUUUUGAUGAAAAUGGAUACACCUGGACUGAGGAACUCUGCAGAAUGGACUCCGAUGGUGAUGGAAAGACAAAUGGAGAAGAACUUGGCGAUCCAAACUGUAACUGGAGUAAAGGCGCUACACCACAAACCAGCCUAGGACUAUCACAUCCUGGUAUAUGCGAGCCAUUAGGGUCCUCUGCAUGCCAGGGGAAAAACGACUUCAUUGAUUGUGCUACCGAAGACUUCAAGUGCAAUGCACUUUCAGAUCCUGAUAUUGUGAGUCACACUGUCAGACUUUCUGAGUCAGACGUUCCGGCAGAGGAGACAACAUACAUAUGUCAGGUGCUAGAUGUCCCUUCAGAUAAAGACUACCACCUCGUGGCGGCUGAACCUUACAUAGAUAACGUGAACGUCAUGCAUCAUAUCAUAGUGUACGGAUGUAGUGAUAAAGCAAAUAUUACCCAAAACCAGCGUGAGCCAAAUAAAUGUUUCAUGAACAGAGUGCCGGGCUGUGAAGAAAUGGUGGCUAUAUGGGCUGUAGGACAAAAUGGAAUGUGUUACCAUGAAGACGCCGGGUUCAAGCUAGGAAUGACGGGCUACAAGAAAGUUCUUAUCGAGAUGCACUGGAACAACCCAAUGAAGGUUGACACUUACAGGGAUUCCUCCGGCAUGACCUUACACUUGACCCCUAACCUUCGCCCGAACGAGGCUGGAAUGAUGAUGAUUGGCCAGGCAUUUUUGAUGAUUCCACCUGGCCGUGAAAAAUAUUCCGUCAACUCUUCCUGUAGCUCUGAAUGUACAAACAAGAAGAUGAUCGGAAAUGUCAACGUAAUAGGAGCUCUUAAUCACAUGCAUUACCUAGGCAUGUCAGCAGUAACCAAGGCGAUUUCCAAUGACAAGGAAGAACAUGUUAUAGCAGAUGACCCAAAAUACAGCUACGACAGCCCAGUGUUCUAUGUAUUUGAUGAACCAUUGACAUUGGAACCCGGGUACGAGCUUCAGCUCCAUUGUGACUUUAAGUCGACUUCACGAAGCAAAACAACAUUUUUUGGUGAAGGGACCUAUGACGAGAUGUGUUUUGCUUUUCUUAUGUACUAUCCUAAGAACAACUGGCUCGGUGGAGAUUGUGUUACAAGUGGUCCGAUCGACUCCUGCGAAUGGGAAGAGGGUUACGUGGAUGGCUGCGACUUGAACAAGUUAGGAGAUCCAACUGAUCAAGAAAAUAUAGCAAGAUAUACCGCCCUUCAAGAAAACUGCAGAGUUGGAGUAUGUCUUGAAGAAUGCAAGGAAGUUGUCCGUGAGAUUUUCAGACAUCCCUGCUUUCAGUCACCUCUCAAGUACAUGAUGCAAGAUUCGUCACUAACUUACGGUGACCAGUCCACUAAACACAUGAUAUUGGAGUAUUAUUACCGCAUGGAUUCCUGCGCCGCUGAAUUGGCAAUGGAAAAGUGUGACGGUAAUGACGGCUGACACAGACCGGAAGUGGGUGGCGCUGCUGGUGUACAUUUUACAUCGUCCUUUAUGUUGAUUAUUGCGUCAGCUUUGGUUAUUGCUUUUCAGUAGUUCAUGCUGUUGAACCAAAUGUGACAGUAGAGUUUCUGAUUACCUGAAUAGAACUUUGAUAUCUUUCGCUAUGCAACAAAUCCUACGUCAAAGUCUUUAUAUUUUGCUGUACAAUGAAAUGCCUCGCUGAGAAAUUCAAAUGCCAUAGAAUGUAAGCGGAUGAUGAAAGCGUUUUACUUUUAUCUCUUUCGGGCGGAGGUCUCUGAAAGUUAUGCAAGCUUCUAUAAAACCUCUAGAAAAUGUUGCCAACACGAGCAUGGGAUGCCUCAGAAAAGGCUCACAUGAGUUUCAUGUAAAUCUGCAUUAAACCGUGUCACAAAUGUUGCGUAUUUAUUUGAAAAAAGUAGUCUCCUAUUAGUAAACAGAAUAUGCACAAUCGCCCAUAAAAUUUUGUUCAUGUAAACAGCCUUACUUAAAUUUAACGUUUUUACAAGAAAUGUUUGUAAAACACUUAAACGCACCUAAAGUAUGUUGUUUACAUAUAUCUUUAGUCCGUCUUAUAUAUUAAUGACUGUUAAUUUUCCAAUUCACACAGAUGUUCCUUUACAAUAAAUAGAUCGUUACUCCAUGAUGUCAUGUUUUUAUUACACUGUGAUACAUACUUUGUGUCCCACUUGAACUGUCCUCUUCAAAAACAGGUUUGUAGAAAACAUAGGGACAUACUGGUUACACCAAUAAACCAAAACUCUAUUUAACUUUACUUUUUUAUUAUCUCCCUUUAUUUGAUUAACACGCAACACUUUGUUUCGGAGCAUAAGUCCAUAACAAUCAAAAGGAUUUCGUUAGACCUUCACACAAUAACAGAGGUCAUUAAGAAAACUUUCAGUGUAUAAGAACUAUAACUCUUCUUUACGUAACAUUUUAGGUAUUGGCAAAAACUAAGUUUUGCAAGGUAGGUAGAAUUAUUAAGUGUAUAUUACGAAAGAACUAUGAACUUAAAAAAAAUCGAAACUGUUUGUUAUCAUCAUAACGAUUUUGAUAGGAUAUUUACACUUGUAAAUUUAAAUCAUUUUGUUCACAAAGAGAUUGAAAAUUUCAAUUUUGUCUUUAUAAUAUUAUUAUAAAACUUUCAGGAUAGCUCUUGCAAGGUAGCCCUCUUUAUGACCAAAGAUGCUGCCUUGAAUCAUUCUUUAUACAUGUUUUAAUCAGCUUUAUAGGUCUAAGGUGCCAUUUGGCCGUACAUUGCUACAGCUUAGGUCUUACUAUAGAAUGCCACGCAGCUCUUUGUUCCCCAGCUGUAUGCUUAGAACGGAGUUUAGGUACAUCACAUCCGCAGAUAUCUUUUAUCAAAAUCAAACUUGGCUGUUUGAGGAUUAGCAUCUCACAUACUUUUUAGGAUUAGCUUUCUGUUGUUUGUUAGGCAAAAGAUUAUCAUGAUGCCGUUAACAUCUCCUGGCAUGAUUAGAUUGUAAAUUGGAGGCAACGAGUGAGUGACAGUAGAGUUUCUCACCUGAAGAUACGGUAUGCUCUCGUAUCAGACAGUGGAUGUGAACACAGAUUUGUAUUGAUAUUGGCAUUCUGUACAAAGACUGUUUCACAUACACUUCUUAUUGGGUGCAUCAUGUUCACCAGCAC